AUGACUGCUACAGAGAUGUUGCAAACAAAAGAGGAACCGGGGUCUAAGAAAUCAAACAUGGUUAGACCCUUCUCUAAUGGAUCGUCAUCAGCAUUUCGACCAUGGCAACCCUCUUGGAUGAGCAUCGGCCUUGGUAAACAAGAGGCCAGUAGAAGUGGAGUAAAAGCAACUCCACAAGCCAACACAACUAAUAACAUGAGUGGUGGUAGUGCAUCUGCAAAUGUUGGUGUUGGUGAUCAAGCAACACAAAAUUUGGAUCCAAAGAGGCUCAAACGGAUCGAAGCAAAUCGAGUUUCUUCGCAUAAAUCGAGAUUGAAAAAACUCGAUUAUAUUGCAGAUUUGGAAGAAAUGGAAAAAAAUUUGCAGGCUAAGUUAUCUUUCCUUCGCCCACAAGUUGAAGCCUAUGAAAAUCAACAGCGGUUGUUGAAUCUUGAACGUCACCAAUUAAGACUUCAAAUUGCUGUAAGAGAAAAAGAAAGGAUACUUCAAGAAGUGGAGAUUGAGAAUAAGAGAGCUGAGGUGAAUAGGCUGAGGGAGCUUGAGAAGAAACUUGUUGCUGAAGCACAAAAUAAGAGAUCAAAUUGGAGAAGAAGCAUCAAGGAUAAUGCAAACUGA